AAGAGACGCCCACGACCAAGUAGAGCACAAUUCUCGUCCUCUGCUUCCUUUCCUUUCGUUGAUUUCAAUUUUGGAAUUUGGAGUUGGCAUUUUGACUUUCAUAUAUAAACACUCCCCGCGUUAACCCGAACCGAUUCGAACCACCGUCCCACGUGGCAUAACCCACUACUUAUCUGCCACCUGUACCCGCCAACUUCCUCUCUCUCUCUCUCUCUCUCUAAUUAUAUUCACAUUCUCCUCUCUCUCUCUCCCUUCCCCCUCUCCGAGAUUCAUCAAUUCAAUUAAACUCAAUUCCCGCUACCUAGCUCCCUCCCUCACAACGAUGCCGUAUUGCGACGUCGGAACGCAGAUAACCUCUCCAACAAUCUCCGCAGCCGCCGUCGCACCCGCCGACGUUCACCUCAACAAUGACGUCAAAAUAUUUUACAGAACUUACGGUUGCGGUCCCACCAAAGUCCUCCUCAUCAUAGGAUUGGCUUCGUCACAUGAAGCGUGGGGCCCACAAAUUAAGGGAUUAACUGGAACAGACGUACCUAAUGAUGAAGACGACGUCGUUUGGAGCGGAGGUGACAAUGAGUCUGGUGGUGGUAUCGAAGUCUGCGCUUUUGAUAAUCGGGGCGUCGGUCGGAGUUCCGUGCCCAUUCAAAAAUCCGAUUAUUCAACCACGAUCAUGGCAAAGGAUGCAAUUGCUUUGUUGGAUCAUUUAGGCUGGAAAAAGGCUCAUGUUUUUGGGCACUCAAUGGGAUCUAUGAUAGCAUGUAAAUUAGCAGCAAUAGCUCCUUCUAGAGUUCUCUCCUUGGCUUUGCUCAAUGCAACUGGUGGGGGUUUUCAAUGUUUUCCAAAGCUUGACCGACGAACCUUCUCUGUUGCUUACCGUUUCUUGAGAGCAAAAAGUGCUGAACAAAGGGCUGAAGUUGACUUGGACACGCACUAUACACAAGAAUAUCUUGAGGAAUAUGUUGGAAACGUGAAGAGGAGAACGAUAUUGUAUCAGCAAUAUGUUAAAGGUAUAUCAAGUUCUGGAAUGCAAUCUAACCAUGGCUUUGACGGUCAACUCAAUGCAUGUUGGAAUCAUAAAAUGACUCAAACAGAGAUUGAAGCAAUCAAAUCUGCAGGUUUUCUUGUUUCUGUCAUUCACGGCAGGGAUGAUAUAAUUGCGCAGCUAUAUUAUGCAAGAAAACUUGCCGAGAGGUUUUAUCCAAUGGCUCGGCUGGUAGAUCUUCAUGGAGGUCAUUUGGUGAGUCAUGAGCGGCCUGAAGAGGUCAAUCAAGCACUGUUUGACUUGAUCAAGGCCUCAGAAGUGAAGAUGAUCCCACAUGAUUGGACUAACUUGCCAAAUACACUGUCUUGGUGGAAUGAGAAAACAAUGGUAUUUGUCAGAAACAAUCAGAGUGGAAGCAAUGUCUCCCAUAAGUGCUACUUAAUAGAUAAACUUCAUCUCUGCUUACUAUACUUCCUUAGCCUCCUUAUUUUGGCAUUUGAAUUUGGAAGAAAGGCUGUAAGGAGGUUAAAGCCAGUUCGAGUUGGAAGUGCCCCUGCAUACACUGAGAAUCAAUAAACCCCUUCUUUUUUAAUAGGUGGGUAAUACAUAAUUUGGUAAACCCUCAAGUGAAAGAUCACAGCAAGGGUUCAGCUAGAUAAGGCUCAUGUAUGUAUAGGGCAAUUUUGACUCAUUUCUCUCAAGAGGGAACCAGGAUUUCUCCCAAACGGCUGAGGCAAGAUAACCAACAUAAUCCUUAUUGACAUGAUGAAUGUACAUCCUAUAAAGCCAAAGGGAGGGAGAAGAGGAUGAAUGAUCCACUUUUCUUUUAUACAUAUAUGUAACAAUAAUAAUGUCGUACAUUUAAUCAGAUUAUUAAACUGUAAAAAUACUGCACCAUACCACACUAUGGAUGUCAUGACCUCAGAAUAGAAUAUAUAUGUCCCUUAUUUUUAACAUA